AUGGCGUCUACUGUUGAUGUGGCUGCUGCGAGGGCGGCCUUUCCGGCUCUGCAAGGAGAGCAGAUUUACAUGGACAAUGCAGGGGGAAGUCAGGUCCUUGGCACCGUUGCAGACUCUAUUCGCUCCUACUUGCUGAAUACCAAUGUCCAGCUUGGUGCCACGUACGAGACAUCCAAGACUUCGACUGCAACCUUUGAAAAUGCAUACAAAGUUGCCGCGGGCUUUAUCAAUGCACAGCCUGAAGAGAUCAGCAUUGGAGUCUCCACCACUCAGCUGUUACACAACCUCUCCACAGCACUCCAGUUCCAGCCUGGCGAUGAGCUCAUCAUAUCCAAGCUAAACCACGAGGCUAACAGUGCGCCCUGGGUGCGCAUCGCCGAACGCCUCGGUUUGACCGUGAAGUGGUGGGCAUCAUCCGACCCCAAGAAUCCUACCUGUGAUGUGGCCGAUUUGAAGACCCUCUUGACAGACAAGACCAGAUUGGUUUCUUGCCCGCAUGCUUCAAAUAUCACAGGCACUGUCAGCCCUAUUCGGGAGAUUGCCGAUGCCGUCCAUGCUCAUCCCCGAGCACUCCUCUGCGUCGACGGUGUCGCUCUCGCACCGCACCGCCAAGUCGACGUCCACGCCCUCGGCGUAGAUUUCUACGCAUUCUCGUGGUACAAGGUGUACGGCCCCCACUUGGCACAACUAUACGCCUCGUCGCGUAUCCACGACCAAAUCGACUCGCUAGCACACUUUUUCAAACCCACCGACACGCUAGACUUGAAACUCAACCUGUCCUCGGCCAACUACGAGCUUACCCAGAGCAUUCCUGCCGUCGUGGCGUACUUUGGCGCUGAUCCUGGUGCAACGUGGGAGGGCAUGGUUGCGCAUGAGGAGCGGCUGCAGGGGAUCUUGUUACAGUUCCUGGCGGCGGAUGACCGGGUCACGAUCAUCGGAGAACCGUCGGCUAGGCAGGAGCUACGGGUGCCGGUGAUUAGUUUUGUUGUGCGAGGGGUGAAGAGUCAGACGUUGGUUGAGGCGGUUGAGGCGCGGUCUGCGUAUGGGUUUCGCAGUGGGCAUAUGUAUAGUCAUCGGUUGUUGAAGGAUGUGUGUGGAUUGGAUGAUGUGGACGAUGGGGUGGUGCGAGUGAGUCUUUUGCAUUAUAAUACUGAGGCGGAGGUGGCGGGGCUAGUGACCGUUCUCCAGGAGGCUCUGGCAGAGUUGUAG